ACACUGAAUUUCACAAUCAGGCGCCAUAUUGAUCGUUGUGUUACGUGAAAAUUGGUACAAUUUGUUGCUGAAUUGGUUUCCGUUUACUUAUAUUUGUCCUCUCUGUUCUCCCAUUUAUGUUGUUAAUGAAUCAACAUGGAGAAUAUAACUGAGGCAGAUUAGGUAAUGGUGGAUUCGAUGGAGAUCGGGUUGACCGACGAAGAGCUCCCGAAUGAGCGUUCGGACGAUGUCGAGAACGCCAUAUCCGGGAUUUCCGACGAAGCCGACCGACAGCAAAUAGUGACAGUUAGCGGAAUGCCACCGAAUGUGUUAGUGACCACUACCUCAGCAAAUUUAUUCAAUGAUCAAGAAACCUUAAAAGCAACUCGCAUAAUCAUCCAUGAUCCGUCCUCUUUAGAUGUUCUGAAGAGUGCUCAGCAGACUAUAACUUUUAACCCUCUUAAUCGUAGUUUGUCUGUACCAGAAAAGAAUUUCAAUUGGGAUCCAUCCGUUUAUGAUCCCGUCCUCCCUGUUCGCUGUAGAAAUAUUCGAGGAGAAUUGCAUAAAAACAGAUUUGGUUCAGGUAGUCGAGGUCGCAGCAUCCUCGUUGAUGGUAUGUGGUAUACCCCAUCAGAAUUUGAAGCAUUGUGUGGUCGUGGAAACAGCAAAGAUUGGAAACGGAGUAUACGAUAUGCCGGUCGUACAUUAAUGUGCCUUAUUGAGGAAGGCAUUCUUCGGCCUCAUGCUACAUCUUGUACUUGUGGAGCUUGUUGUGAAGAUAAUGUUGCUGAUGGAGAUGGUACUCCCGAUGCCACGAGUGGUCCAGUAAGGCUUUUUACACCCUAUAAAAGGAGGAAACGACAGAAUCAUCCCAAACUCAAAGUAACUACAAAUGUAAAUAUCUCUACAAAUGACAAUGUUGUAUCUGCUCCUGUUGAAUUAAGAUCUGAAGACAUUUCUACAAAUGGUGCUUCAUCAGACUCUAUUAGUGGCUUAACAGUCCCCUUGGUUACAAGAGACAGUGGGAAUACAAUUUGCCCAGAAUCUGUGAUUGUUACACCAGCUGCAACUCCUCAAACACCGCGGUGUGCUCCUACUGCACUAGAUUUCAGUGAACAAAAGCAGUGGUGGCAACUAGAAGAGAUGGUAAAGAAUGCAGUACGGCAAGUACUGGAACUUCAGAAACAAGUUGAAGCUGUAAAGAAUGAAAGUGCUGCAGCUAGAGAAGCAGCUUUGCAACAACUCAGGAUUCAAAUGGAAAUUGAGAAAAAAGAAGCAUUAACUGCAUGUCGAACUGAGGCACAAAUGGCACUUUCUCGAGCCAUUUUGGAAGCAAAAGCAGAAAAAGAAGCAGCAGUUGAGCAAGCAUUGCAACAAGCACGAUUAGAAAUGCAAGAGAAACUUCAUGCAAUUGUAACUGAUAAGUCUGAUUCUCUGAAGCGAUGUGCCAACUGUGAUAGAGAAGCAUUUUCAGAAUGUACUGGCUGCCAUCGUGUAAGUUACUGUAGUGCCUUUUGCCAACGCAAAGACUGGCAGACUCACAGGGAUGACUGUGGAGAGAAUAUUCUUUCCGCAGAAGACUGUUCUGAACUCGUUGAUUGUGAAGAUCCUACCAGUUGAGAUAUUUGAGUUCCUAAUUAUUGAUUGAUUACCUGAAAAAUUGAGAUACUGUUUUGAGUAAAAUUGUUAUUGUGAAUACUUUUAAAGCAUCGUUGCAAGAAAAAGAUUUUAGUAUUUUUGAACUUGGAUCUCAAAUUUAUAUUUUGGCAUAGGUGAUGUUGAGGCCAGUCUGUGAUUAUAAAUGAAAUUUUGCUUUGCAUGUUUUUAGAUAUUUGUGUUACAUUUUCAGAUUUUUCUGUGUAAUUAUAGGAACUUAUGAAGACAAAUCUAUAUCUGUAGAGUAUAUAACUUAUUACCAGAGUUAAUUAUUUUUUCUUUUUAGCUUUAAAUGAAAUAUAUUUAUUUUUGUUGCGUUUCUAUAUAUUUUGCACAUUUCUGUUUCAAAACAAAAUUGUUUUCGAUGUUGAUAAAUAUAAUUUGUUCAAACCAAUUUUUUUUCUUUAUUGUAUUGUCAUCAGCUCAUUUCAGUAAAUUCAUUGUGUAAGAAUCAUCUAGCAUUCUAUUUUAAUUGCACAGUAAUUAUAAAUGAUGGAUGAAUUAUAUGAGGUUAUCUGAUUUAGUACAAACAACAUUAAAUAUGACUUAAAAAGGAAAUUCUGUUCAUUUUUCUGAUUGUUAAGAUUCAUUCUGUUUAGCAAAAACUUAUAGCAUGUAAAAAUAAUUUUGAACUGAAAACAAAUAAAUUUCAUGCAGUUUUUAACAUGCUUUAUAUCAGAUGACAUUUGUUUCUUAUAUAAUUAUUUUAUAGUGAACUGUUAUUUGUUUUUCAUUUAAAUAAAUUUUUAAGUUCAAGUCAGUUUAUCAACAAAUUUGUGUAAUUUGCUCAUUAUGUCAGUCUUUUACUGCAAUAAAAAAGCAUGUUAUCAUAUUUAAUUACUCUCUGACAUUUCAUCUACAGCGUGUAAAAUAAAUUGACAAAAAUUUGGUUUGGAAAACUUUUUUUUUUAACCUACAUUAAUUUAGUAUUUUUGUGGCUAUGUAGUAAUUGCUUUCUCUAAAUUUCAAGUCUCUGGA